AUGAUGAAAGGAAUGUCAUCCUUCAGAAAGCGUCGCAACAAGACGCACACAUUGUGCUGCCGUUGUGGCUCUAAGGCCUACCACCUUCAGAAGUCUACCUGUGGCAAAUGCGGCUACCCUGCCAAGCGCAAGAGAAAGUAUAACUGGAGUGCCAAGGCUAAGAGACAAAACACUACCGGGACUGGGCGGAUGAGGCACCUAAUAAUUGUCUACCGAAGAUUCAGGCAUGGUUUCCGUGAAGGGACAACCCCUAAACCCAAGAGGGCAGCUGUUGCAGCAUCCAGUUCAUCUUGA